AUGAGUCGUGUAAAAGAAUUACGUGCGUUGAUGAGUGAAAAUCAGUGUGAUGCAUAUCUAAUCACGGAUAGUGAUGGUCACUAUACGUUUUAUUCAUUAUCACAAGAAAAUCGUCGUCUGAAUUGGAUCACCGAAUGUCAAGCUCAAUGUGGUUUAGCCAUCGUCACUUUAAAUGAUGGUGCAUUCUUUCAGGCACUACCUAACUAUCGAUUAUUAGCAAAAUUAGAAGUUGAUGGUGACGUCUGGACUCUUGUCGAUGAUUUAUUUCAAUGGAUUAAUAGUAAAAAAUUGUCAUUGAAAAGAAUCGCAUAUGAUCCUUAUCUGACACCUUUGUUUAUUACUGAACAAUUAUCAACUUUCAUAUCAAGCCUUUAUCCAAUUCAUUCAUCCACUAAUUGGAUAGAUAUCAUUUCCAAAAAGGCAACAUCCAGAGAACGACCAACAUUGACCCCAAUCUGGUCAUUGAAUGAACUUUGUUUUGCCGGAGAAACAAGUACAACAAAAUUGGAGAAGCUAAGACAAAUCUAUUUAAAUGAUGAGCAAAAAAAAUACACUCUGGUAGUUACAGCCAUGGAUGAAAUAGCUUGGCUUCUCAACCUUCGUGGCAAUGAUAUGCAAUGCAAUCCAUUUUUCUAUAGUUUUGCUAUUGUCUCAUGUGACCGACUCUGGUUAUUCACUGACAAUCCUCAUGAGGAUCUUCACUAUGAAAUUCAACCUUAUGAAAAUUUCUUCGCCUUUCUCUCGACCUUGAAAGGCACAGAUGUUUGGCUUGAUGCACGCUCAUCUGCAGUUGUUCUCCAUUAUCUUUCAUCGGCUACUGUUCAUCUUUCUCGGUCGCCGAUUCAACAGAUGAAAGAGAUCAAAAAUUCCGUUGAAUUGGAAGGAUUUCGUCAAUGUCAUUUUCGUGAUUGUGCUGCUGUAUGUCAAACUUUCGAAUGGUUGGAAAAAAGCAUGAAGAAUGAUGUCUUGAAUGUAACUGAAGUCGAUGUCGCAAUAUACCUCGAGAAUCGACAGCAAGAACAAGCAAAUUUUGUUUCUAUUGCCUUCGACACGAUUUCUGCUUCAGCAACGAAUACAGCCUUGAUUGAAUAUUCACCAUUCGCUGCGAAGAUGAAGAAGAUCAUUGUUCGAGACUUGUAUUACCUUGAUGCUGGAGCCAAUUACCUAGAUGGAACAACUGACAUGACACGUACUAUUCAGUUCGGAAAAGCGACAGAAGAGCAAAUUAAAUGUUACACUCUCUUAUUACGAGCGAUUCUUUCAAUUGAAAUGACUAAAUUUCCAUCCGGUGAUAAUUUAAAUGGAUUUCACAUUUAUUCUUUGUUAAAAUCAUAUUUAUUUACUAUCAAUGAUAUGAAUGAGUAUCUAUCAUUCGGUCAUGGUGUAUCACAUGGAAUGGGGGUGAUUGAAGGUGGUGUAUCUAUUAGUGACAGUCAUUCUUUCAGUACGUUGAUUCCCAUCCGAGCAGGAAUGGUACUUACACUUGAACCUGGCAUUUAUUUCGAGGGAAAAUGGGGAAUCCGUUUGGAAAAUGUAUACGAGGUUAUAGAAGAUCACCAACGGUUUAUUCAUUUCAUUCCGCUAACUUUAUUACCUUAUUCUCAUUCACUGAUUGAUUUCAAUCUACUUACUACAGAGGAGAUCGUGUGGAUUAAUUCCUAUCAUCAACGAUGCCUUCAUUAUGUAGAUGGGGGAUCUUGGAUGAAACAACAGAUCAGCCUCUUUCAUUAG